AUGUCCAUUUCCGGGGCCGUUGACCCACGAGCCCGCUUCGUCGUCGCGGUUCGUCCAACUUCGGAGUGUCCCUUCGCAGAACCCUCCAUUACAUCCCCCAAUGUUCGACAAACGGCUGAGAAUCCAGAUGGGUUCAAUUUGGACAUCCAUAAAGAUGCAGCUCUGCGCAUGGCCACUGUACAGGAUGAGAAUAUCUCCACUUACCAAGCAUUGGCUGCCAAUCAUGUCAAUCCUACGACCAUCCAGUUUUGA